AUGUUCGCCAGGUCGAUUGCCACCUCUGCAGUUCUCGCCAGCCUCGCGGCUGCGGCUCCAGCACCUCAAGCUCCAUCAUACGGCUCCUUCGCAUCCAGCGCUACCAAGGCUGCUGGUUCUUUUGCAGCUGAUCAGUCUGGCAAUGUAGCUGGCUACACCAACGCCGCUGCUCCAUAUGCCAGCGAGGUGCCUACAUCGCUCACUGCCGUACCAACGAGCUUCGGUUUGAACUCGCAGAUCUCGGCAAUUUACACCACCGCCCCAACAUCUGGCCCAGGCGCUGCCGCCCCGCAGAGGAGUGAAUUUGUCAAUGGCACGACCACCCAUGGCCCAUUCAGUGGCGAGGCCACUACUACUGGUGCAGUCUCAACCACUGCCCUCGGGCAGACCAUCCCAGCUCUACCACCGAACCCAACUGCCAUCUACUACAACACCAACGGCGAGUUGACCAAGCCCCAGCCAAUCCCUUACACCCCAGCUGGCGGCUUGGGUACCAAUGGCUCUCAGCCGCGUUACAUGGUCGAGAGCGACUUCGACUACGAGUCCAUCAUGCUUGGUCUCUACCAGGAAUGGAUCGAGCUCGAUACCUUCAACAAUGCUGUUGCCACCUUUUCCGAGGAGGACUUCUUGGCUGCUGGCCUAACAAAGGAGGACAUCUCCCUCAUCCAAUUCAUGGCCCAGCAGGAGCAAGGCCAUGCCACCCUUCUAUCCAAUAUGCUUGGUGAGACUGCGGCUCCUCAGUGCACAUACAACUACCCUUACACAAACGUCCGCGAAUUUGUUGAAUUCAACUCCAUCCUCACCCGCUGGGGUGAAUCUGGUGUUUGGGGGUUCAUCAACCAUCUCGACUCCCGUGAGGUUGGCCAACUCCUCGCUCAGUCAAUCGCCACCGAGGCCCGCCAGGAAAUGAUCUUCCGGCAAUUCUCCGGUCUUCACCCAAUGCCAGUCUGGUUCGAGGCUGGUAUCCCACAGUCCUGGGCAUGGACCUACCUGGCCCCAUACAUCUCGUCUUGCCCCGAGAACACCACCCGUCUGGCAUGGCAGAACUUCCCAGCAUUGCACGUCGCCAACCAGGCCAACAUCAACCGUGUCUCGCCCAACGACACCGCUGACUGGGAGCGCGUUGACAACCGCACCUCCAGCCCAUCUACGAUCCCACCUCAGGACGAGAGCUGCAUCAACUUGAACAAGACCGGUUAUGGUUGCGGCCCAGCCAUUACUCACAACCGCUCAGAGCCCCUGACCUUCCCCGGCAGGCAGGUUCGCCUGUUGUGGGACGCGCCUGGCCAAGCCGUCGGUCCUAACAACAGCUACGUCACCGCCACCACUGCCGGCGAGCCCAAGUUCGUCGCCUGGGUCGGACACCUCAACCUCACCUACACCGACCUCACCAUCACCGGCCCUAACCAGGGUUACACCUACCAGCCAGCGGGUGAUGUCUACCAGGGCGGCCAGGGUAUCGUCAACGACACUGCUUUCAUUGCCCUUACCGACACGAACACCUACCUGACUCCAUUCAACCUGAGCAUGAUCAACCCACAUGUUGUCGCUCUUGGCUUGUAUGCUGCCGGUUAA